AUGCCUAAAGUUAUCCACCCUAAAAUGCUUAAAAUUGAAAAAACACCAAGACCUACCAUUAAAUUAAAGUUGUUAAAAGAAUUAGGAGAUGUAUUAAAAGGAUUAGGAGUUUCAAAGGAUGUAAGUUUAGAAGUAAUGUUCAAAGGUACCAAAGUUAUGGGAUUAUGUGAACAAAUUAAUUCUUCCAAGCAUUACUUGAGAUAUCUAAUGUAG